AUGUUGAAAGAAAAGUCAAGAUAUGACAAUCGUCAUUCCUCCGAAGAAGAUGGCCGUCGGCUAGCGUCUAACAGAUUACCAGCUAUUGAGGAACUGACCCUAGGUCUGAAACAAAAGCUUCAUCUGCAGGCUCGAGCUCGUGCUGCACCUUACUACAUUAGAAAACAAGAACCUGUCGAUCUUGUUGAAAGAUUGCUGGAACAACGUGCCCUUGUCGCCGAAGCUGUUCGGAGAUUACAAGAAAAGAAACAACCGUGUCAUGAAAUCUCUGUAGAUUCAUAA